GGAAACAACAAACAAAAAGCGAACUUGAUUGUUUUGGGAGCAGUUCCAAGGUGAAGCUCACAAUCUUCUUCGAAAUCACUUCUCUUUUUGAAUAUCACUUCAAGAUAAAGAAAAAGAACAAAACUAGACCCAAACUUCCUUUUUAUAGUACCAUUUCUCUGUAUUCACCAUAUGCAUUUCCUUGGAGAUCUCCUCUUAUCCAUUGCACAAAGGUCCAAUGACAAACAUCUCAAAGGACUGGAACAAGAAAUUUGGAUGCCCAUCUCAGCAAGUAGUGUGUUCCUCUGUGUAGCAUCUCCUAGAGAAUAAUGCUAAACUUUCAACUAAUCUUGACCAAGUUACAGCUGAUAAAAUUCCUCAUCUUUUUAUGAAAUUUGGUAUACAGCUCUUUUUAAGUAAUCUUUUAAACAGCUUGUGAGCCAAGAGCCACCAAUUAGUGGUCAAGCCUUGCUACUCCCAAUCGUUCCAACAGUGUUAGAAGGCUGCUUGACUCACAAGUGGGGGACAAAGUCAGUUUCUUGGCAGUACCAGCUGGCAUUCAAUCGUGAACUAAUUGCAGCGUGUCAAGAUGGAGCAGUUACAGAUCAUCCAAUGAGACAUGAAGGCUCUUCAGUUCCUUGGUGAAGACAGCGUAAUCAUGGAAUUUAUGGAAACAAGACAUCGGAAGGGUGAUGUUGAGGAAGGUGCCAAAGUAAUACUUCACCAGAAAUGUCCAAGAGAUGACAGGCAGUGAUUUGAAGUAAAAGUUCUCAAGAUAGGAGAUUUUUCUCUUCUUUCAAGAGCAUUGGAGAUGUUGUGAUGACUUUGAGAUGGGACAAAAAAAGUCAAAAGAAAGCAAAGUAAAAUGAAAAUGUAGCUGAGAGAAUAGAACAAAAUCAGGGCCAUUGUUGGAAACCCAGUCCAGGAAAUCUUGGAGUGCUGGAAGAGGAGAAAAUGUAUCAUGAACACAGGGAUUGGAAGUCUGAGGGCAUGGAAGUUCCUGGAAUAUAUCAAGAAUGCCAUCCUCAACCUGGACAGGCUUAAGCUACCAUCCUAUGUAGAUGUGUUUGAUUUCCUGGACACCAUCACUGCCAUAUGAGGAUGAGGUGCUCAUCAGUAUACUGACCACGGAGUUGCAGAGAUAAACCUGAGAAAAUCAGAUUCUACAUGCCCAUUUGGGGAAAGAGCUCAAGAAACUAAGUAGGAAGUUGAAACAAUUGAGUCCAAAGCGUGGGCAUGGACUCAGGAAUGGUAGCCAGGGGCGAUUAUGUUGCAAGAAUUUGCUGUUGGGCUUCCUGCCUUUCUUAUCUUGCAGUGAUGGACUUACCAGGGAUAUUGCAAACUGAAGAUUGAGUGAACAAGGACAUCAGUGUCUUCAGUGGUUUCUCCUAGAUGUCUGCUCUACUAUUGCCUGCGCACAGCAUUCUUCAUCUGUGGCUGCUGAAACUUUUCUGCCCUACGUGUAUUCUCAUCCCCAGUUUUGAUGAUGAGCUGGAGUUCACUAGUGUAGAGCUGAAUGUUAUUGUUUUGGAAGUCACAAAAAAACAAACAAGAUCUUCAGAAACAGCACUGCUGAAGCCUACUGCAAAUAGCCGAGAAAAGCCAGUGUACAGUUGGUCAAUGGAAAAUCUCUACUAUUCGAGAACUUUGUUGCUGUAUUUACUUCAGCAAGAAACCUCCAGCACAGAACUGAGAACUGAAUGUGCGGUAGUGCUAGGAAGCCUUGCGAUGGGUACAGAAAACAAUGUCAAAUCUCUACUAGACUGCCAUAUUAUCCCAGCCUUAUUGCAAGGAUUGCUGUCACCAGAACUGAAGUUUAUUGAAGCUUGCCUCCGAUGUCUUCGUACCAUUUUUACCAGCCCAGUAACUCCAGAGGAACUAUUGUAUACAGAUGCUACAGUUAUCCCCCACCUCAUGGCACUGCUUAGUAGGUCUCGAUAUACACAAGAAUACAUAUGUCAGAUCUUCUCACAUUGCUGCAAACUUCGACACUGGCAUAGCUGCGGCUUUAAAUCGUCGCCUCAGCCACUUCUGUGUGCCAAUGGUCCAGAUCAUCAGACAAUCUUGUUUAACCAUGGAGCAGUUCAGAAUAUUGCUCACCUAUUAAGUUCCACGUCCUACAAAGUUCGAAUGCAAGCAUUGAAAUGCUUCUCAGUUCUAGCCUUUGAAAACCCCCAGGUAUCAAUGACUCUUGUAAAUGUUUUGGUUGAUGGAGAAUUAUUACCACAGAUUUUUGUGAAGAUGUUACAAAGGGACAAGCCUAUUGAAAUGCAGCUCACAUCAGCCAAAUGCCUUACUUACAUGUGCAGAGCAGGAGCAAUCCAGACAGAUGAUAACUGCAUUGUUUUAAAGACACUGCCAAGUUUGGUUCGGAUGUGUAGUAAGGAAAGAUUGCUGGAAGAACGAGUAGAAGGAGCCGAAACACUUGCCUAUCUAAUUGAAACAGAUGUUGAGCUGCAGAGAAUCGCCAGUAUUACAGACCAUCUUAUUGCAAUGCUUUCUGACUACUUCAAGUAUCCCAGCUCAGUCAGUGCAAUCACCGAUAUCAAAAGGCUUGACCAUGAUUUAAAGCAUGCUCACGAACUGCGCCAGGCUGCGUUCAAGCUGUAUGCUUCACUUGGAGCAAAUGAUGAAGACAUCCGGAAGAAGAUCAUUGAGACUGAAAAUAUGAUGGACCGAAUUGUGAAUGGCUUGUCUGAGUCUAGUAUCAAGGUGCGGCUAUCUGCAGUCAGAUGUUUGCACAGUUUGUCCCGGUCUGUGCAGCAGCUACGGACGAGUUUCCAGGAUCACGCCGUAUGGAAACCCUUAAUGAAGGUUUUACAGAAUGCUCCAGAUGAAGUCCUGGUGGUAGCAUCUUCCACACUAUGCAACCUACUCCUUGAAUUCUCUCCAAGCAAAGAGCCUAUUUUAGAAUCAGGAGCCAUAGAACUUCUAUGUAGUUUAACCCAGAGUGAAAAUCUUGCUUUGCGAGUGAAUGGCAUUUGGGCUUUAAUGAACAUGGCAUUUCAAGCAGAACAAAAGAUCAAAGCAGACAUCUUACAAGGUUUGAGUACAGAACAAUUAUUCCAGUUACUCUCUGAUUCAGAUGUAAACGUGCUAAUGAAAACUUUGGGACUGCUCAGAAAUCUUCUGUCUACUCGCCCACAUAUAGACCAGAUAAUGAGCACCCAUGGAAAGCAAAUCAUGCAAGCAGUGACUCUUAUUUUGGAAGGGGAGCACAAUAUCGAGGUCAAGGAGCAGACAUUAUGUAUACUUGCCAACAUAGCAGAUGGAACAACAGCAAAAGAACUCAUUAUGACCAAUGAUGACAUCUUGCAGAAAAUUAAGUAUUACAUGAGUCAUUCGAAUGCUAAACUUCAGCUUGCUGCCAUGUUUUGCAUAUCUAAUCUCAUAUGGAAUGAAGAAGAAGGUUCACAAGAACGCCAAGAUAAACUACGAGAUAUCGGAAUAGUAGAUAUUCUACACAAACUGAGUCAGUCAUCAGAUCCAAAUCUUUGUGACAAGGCGAAGACAGCACUCCAGCAGUAUCUUGCAUGAUCAAAGACUGAGUGAAUAAUUGGACACCCCUCGUGUGUUUAAGGACUAAAAGGAAAUAGCCUCAACUGAUUCCUUAUAUUUGCACAAGUCACCUUGGGCUGCAUUUCUCUCAGGUGCAGGGAGCUGCUUUGCAGAAACAGUUUAGGUGAUCAGGUCUCCAAUGCACUUGAACUUUCUUGAGGUAGUUCUUUACUCAGAGGACUAUUGUGGGGGGGGGUUGUUUUUGUGUUUUUUCUUGAGCUACCUGGACUCUCUAAUAGAACAAUCAAUCAUCAUUUUCUUUUGGGCCUACAAUUUUCUGCUUUUGCUGCAGCCUGCGUGUGUGUUUGGGUGUAUGUGUGAGUGUGAUACCUCAGAAUUUUGUUUUCCUUUUUUGUGUGAAAAUCUUUUUCUAUACAUUUUCAAGGGUUAACCAUUGUUUGCUGUAUGAAUAAUUAAUUAUAUACAGUUUGAAUGAAAUGUUAUUUAAAAAAAACACACUGUAUCCCAUAAAGUUUAUUUUGAAUUUUGAACAGAUGAAUGUUUUUAAGUAAAACAUAUGCAUUUCUGAACCUAAGCUUAACUUAUAUUCCUUUUUGAAGAAAGAAAUUGAGGAAUACAGUAGACUCAAAUAACAGCCAGCACAUUUUGUGCUAUGAAAAAAUCUAAGAGAUAGCAUUUUACUGCCCCACAAUCAACAGGUACUGAUGUCAUUUUCAGCUCAGCAGAAUGGGUCAAAAGGAUUGUUUGGGGUUUUUAAAUUUUUAGAAGACAAGGGUGGACUCUCACUCUCACCAAUUGUAUAAGUGUUGUGUUGACCUUCUGCCAAAAAGAAAUAGGUGGAUGUAAUAUCAGCACUGGCUUGGGGGAAUGAGCCUAUUGCUAUGAAAUCCAAGAUCUUGCUGAGAUUAUUGCUGAAAGAUUGGCUUGUCUCAGUGAUAAAGAACUCCAGCUGACUAUGACACCAAGAUACGUCAAACGGGUAGCAGCACGUUGCAAGACUUGUACUUUCAAGAUACCAAGAGGGCCUGGCAAGUUGUGGCUUAAGGGACUUGUUUGGUCAUACCUGUACCUCCAGAUUCAGUUCACUGCUAUAUAAAAUAUUUCUCCAUAAUAUUAUCUUAAUAGGUUAGAUUACAGGAGAAUGGACACAUUAUUAGAAAAUUAUCUCCCAGUGACAUUGCUAUAGUAAUAGCAAUAUAUAUACAGACAUAUCCAGGAAUUCAUAUACAUGGAUAAUAGCCCAGAUUUUACUGCAUUUAAAGGAUCAGGUUAUCAAAACCUGGCCUUUGCCUGUGUGCCUACAAUUUGUGGGCACCUAAAAUUGUGGCUUUAGUUAUUUGUAGAAACAGCAUUUACCUUCCUCAUUGCAGUCAGAUACUUGGACUACUAAAAAGCUGAAAUUAUGACUAAUUAAAUUGUGGUGAAAUAUUGUGUCUGCAAGAAUUUAUAUCCACUCAAUUGUGGGCAGGGAAAGGGAAAACCAUUUAAGAUUAUGCUGAAAAUCAGACCCUACAUUAUUACUGAAUUCAGCUUCAGGAGUUAAAUGUGUGUAGAAAGAAGUGAGUGCAGCAAUAAGCUCUCCCAGACUGCAAUUCAGGGCUACUACUUUCCUCCUGCAGUACAUUUACCAUCUGCUUCCUGGUUUUCAGUUUAGGGAAUGGCGUUAAUAGAGUCAAAAUCCCCACACGCUAUGUCUACUUAGCACUAAAGGGCAAACUGAAGAAUUCAACUCUACCUUAAAAAUCUCCUUUUGCAGUUUGAGCUUCAGGUCGAAAGGACAGGACUGUAACUUGACUAACCAGUUUUCAAAAAUGUAAUCUCAAACCUUUAUCCUUAUUUCUAAGCAGUGUCAGAUUAUAAUGGCCUUACUUUUGUGAGUGGUCCUAUUAAUCUAAUGGAAACUAUUUGUGUGAGCAAAAGGUGAUCACAGUUUGGCCCAGAGUUUGAAUGUUAUGUAUUGUAGCACUGUUACCAUUUGGUUGCAAAGGAAAAUACAAUUUUACAUAAGUUUAAUGUAAUUGUUUUCCCACUCUGAAAAUCAUAUAAAAGUGAGCACCUAACAUUUUUUCCAAUGUGGACAUGGCAAUAAGUGAGUGGCCAUUUCUUAUUAUUGCUAAAAGUCUUUGGUAAUGGGUCUGCACAGAGAGGCAAGUAUGAAUAUGUGAGAACCUGAUAAAUAUCUAGUAUCUCAGAAAUAAAAGCCUUAUUUAAAAAGUAAAAUGAACCAUAGUUUUGGUAGCACUGAGAAAACACUUCCUUGGUUAAACUUUAUAUACACGUGGGGGCUAAAUUUUCAAAAUAGCCUGAGCUUGAACUCUAAAUUUACACUCCUGAUAUUUUGUGCGCACAUUUUCAUAUGCUCAAGUUUUUGCAUGCCCCUCUACUCACAUCUGCAAAUCUGAGUUUGUGUUCAAAAACUUGGAUGACUAAAAUUGUACACAAAAGUGUGCAAAUUUAGGUGUGCAUGUUUAGAGACUUUUUUUUUUAAAUGUGGCCCUAAAUGUACCAGAAAACUUAAAAAUGAUGCUCAGACAAUCUGGAUACUGCAUGGGGGAAAAAGUCAACAUUUUCCAUAAUAUCAAGCUGAUAGGUCAAAUGUCCAAUGAAAUAACAUUUUUACAUUCAGUUAAGCUUUGUGAAUAAUUUUUGAUGUUGCUGUAGGUAUGUACAAAUAGAAAACAUAAAUACUGUAAAUAAAUAAAAAGUACUU